AUGUGGGAGCUCGCCCAUAAACAAGGCGUAGCGCCGGAUGUUGCGCGGGCAGCAUUCUUUUUCAGCCGUUUCCAGCAAUUCAUGCGACCCUCCACCGAGCUCAUCGACCAAUUGGUCGCCGCUUGGGAUGAUUACGCGAUAGGUGUAGCUCGCGCUGAAGGUCUGACCGCAAGGGGUGAGCUCAUGUACAGAACAAGCCACUACCGAUCAGCAAGGGAGGACUUCGAGAAGGCUUGUGAGCAGUACAAUCGUUCCGGCAACAAGCAACAACUGGCAAAUGCUUUGAGACGACUGGGCGAUAUCCAUCGCGUGCAGAGCGAGUACCCGCAGGCGAUAGAGAAGCUCACCCGGGCCCACGACGUGUACUCCGAGAUCGGAGACCGACAGGGCGUGGCGAAUUGCCUGCGGAGCUUGGGCGACAUCCAUCGCAUGCAGGGUGAGUACCCCCCGGCGAUAGAGAAGCUCAGCCGGGCCCACGACGUGUACUCCGAGAUCGGAUCCCGAGAGGGCGUGGCGAAUUGCCUGCGGAGCUUGGGCGAUAUCCAUGGCAUGCAGGGCGAGUACCCGCAGGCGAUAGAGAAACUCGCACGGGCCCACGGCGUGUCCUCCGAGAUCGGAGACCGACAGGGUGUGGCGAAGUGCUUGGUUAGCUUGGGCAACAUCCAUCGCAGGCAGGACGAGUACCCGCAGGCGAAAGAGAAGCUCACCCGGGCCCACGACGUGUCCUCCGAGAUCGGAGACCGACAGGGCGUGGCGAAUUGCCUGUUGAGCUUGGGCGAGAUCCAUCGAAUGCAAGGCGAGUACCCGCAGGCGAUAGAGAAGCUCACCCGGGCCCACGACGUGUACUCCGAGAUCGGAGACCGACAGGGCAUGGCGAAUUGCCUGCAGAGCUUGGGCGAGAUCCAUCGCGUGCAGGACGAGUACCCUCAGGCGAUAGAGAAGCUCACCCGUGCCCACGACGUGUACUCCGAUAUUGGUGACCGACAGGGCGUGGCGAACUGCCUGUGGAGCUUGGGCGACAUCCAUCGCUUGCAGGGCAACUUGGGCGACAUCCACCGCUUGCAGGGCGAAUAUCCCCAGGCGAUAGAGAAGCUCACCCGGGCCCACGACGUGUCCUCCGAGAUCGGAGACCGACAUGGCGUGGCGAAUUGCCUGUGGAGCUUGGGCGACAUCCAUCGCAUGCAGGGCGAGUACUCGCAAGCGAUAGAGAAGUUCACCCGGGCCCACGACGUGUCCUCCGAGAUCGGAGACCGCAUUGGUGCUGAUGAAGAAGGUCGCGAAGGUUCUGCGACAGCCUCAGACUCGAGCAACGACACACUCGAAGGCGCAUGA